AACCCCGGUUCACAGCGCGGCACUCCACAGUUCGCCGCGCCGCCGCGACCACGACGCCCGUGCGACGUGCGUGCCAGUUACUCGCACCGCUACUCGACUCGCGACACUUAUGCCAUAAGUCAAUAAACCUCAGCCAUGGGGGACAUGUUCAGGAGCGAAGAGAUGGUGCUAUGCCAGCUCUUCGUACAACCCGAGGCCGCAUACGUCUCCAUGUACGAGCUUGGGGAGGCCGGCAUCGCGCAAUUUAGAGACCUGAACCCCCACGUAAAUGACUUCCAACGUCGCUACGUCACAGAAGUACGGCGCUGCAGUGAAAUGGAACGCAAGCUGCGAUGGGUCGGCUCCCAGCUGCCAGAACCCCCUCCACCUCCUAAACCGGGGCCUAGGAACUUGACUCCGAGGGAGAUCAAUAUUCUUGAGGAAAGAAUCGACUACAUCGAAUCAGAAAUCCAAGAGAUCACCCGCAACGCCCAGAAUCUAAAAACCGACUACCUCUCUCUCAUAGAGCUGAAAAUUCUCAUCGAGAAAAUGCAGACCUUCUUCCAAGACCACAGCGCCCAGAGGAAGAUAUCAGCGUCAGUCCAGAUAUAUAAUGGAGAGGGGGUGUUGGCACAUCUCGGGUUUAUAGCGGGGGUGGUCGCGACGCACAGAGUGCACUCGUUCGAGAGGAUGCUGUGGAGGAUCUCGCAUGGAAACAUUUUCUUUAAGCAAGCGCAUAUUGAGCAGCCUCUCAGGGACCAGGUGACGGGUCACGAGCUCCAAAAGACAGUGUUCGUGGUGUUCUUCCACGGCGAGCAGAUCAAACUCCGAGUGAAGAAAGUCUGCCACGGCUUUCAAGUCACGCUCUACCCUUGUCCUGCCACGUACAAGGAGCAACUGGACAUGCUGGCUGGAGUAGCUACUAGGAUACAGGACUUAGACUUGGUGCUACAACAAACAGAGAACCACCGCCGCCUCGUCCUCCAAAACAUCGCGCGUGACAUCAGUACAUGGAUGGUAGCAGUUCGCAAGGAGAAGGCCAUAUAUCACACGCUCAAUAUGUUCAGUAUGGACAUCGUCAAGAAAUGCCUCAUAGCUGAGUGCUGGGUUCCAAGAACCGAUCUUGGUAUACUACAGAAAGCUUUGGAUGAUGGAGUAAGAGCCACGGGCAGCCUGAUCCCCUCAAUCAUGCACCACGUGCCCACACUAGAGGUGCCGCCCACAUACAACCGCACCAACAAGUUUACUGCCGGCUUCCAGACCCUCAUUGAUUCCUAUGGAAUUGCGAGCUACAGAGAAGUCAACCCAGCUCUAUACACGAUCAUAACAUUCCCUUUUCUCUUCGCCGUGAUGUUCGGCGACUUCGGCCACGGAAUCAUCAUGACCGCCUUUGCCGCAACCCUCGUCAUCAUGGAAAAACGCUUCCUCAGAGUCAAGAUCGACAACGAAAUCUGGAACAUCUUCUUCGCUGGCCGCUACAUCAUCCUCCUAAUGGGCAUAUUCUCCAUGUACACUGGCUUAAUAUACAACGAUAUGUUCUCCAAGAGUUUGAAUAUCUUUGGGAGUAGUUGGAAAAAUUUGUAUGAUGAAGAGCAGCUGAAUUCGACUCAUGCGUUUAAUUUGGAGCCGGCGGAAGCGUAUGUGCAAGUGCCGUAUCCAUUUGGGUUGGAUCCAGUGUGGCAAUUUGCAGAGAAUAACAUAAUAUUCCUGAACUCAUUCAAGAUGAAACUAUCAAUCAUAUUUGGAGUGAUACAUAUGGCGUUCGGUGUAACAAUGAGUGUGGUAAACUUCAACUUCCUGAGGAAGCAGCAGAUGAUAUACUUGCAGUACAUACCGCAGAUACUGUUCUUGUUGCUGCUGUUUUGGUAUCUUUGUAUACUGAUGUUUAUGAAGUGGAUAAUGUAUUCAGCAAUUGCGCCGGACACCGCCUACAACACGCACUGCGCGCCCUCCGUGCUCAUUCUGUUCAUCAACAUGAUGCUCAUGACUGAGACGGUGGCCAAGCCGCCGUGUAAAGCAUACAUAUUCCCCGGGCAGGGCGCGCUGCAGUCCGCGUUCAUUGCCAUUGCGCUGCUAUGUGUACCCGUCAUGUUGUUCGGGAAGCCGAUAUACCAUGUCAUGGCCGAGAGAAAACGAAGGAAAUACCAGCAAGGCGUGGAAAGCGGUGAUGCCGCGGAAAAGGACCCCCAUGACGGAGGCAUGGGCGAGAUGCUGAUCACACAGGCCAUACACACCAUCGAGUACGUGCUGGGCACCGUAUCCCACACGGCCUCGUAUUUGCGGCUGUGGGCGCUCUCACUCGCGCAUGCACAGCUCUCAGCAGUGUUGUGGCAGCGAGUGCUAGUAAACGGGCUGGGAAGCUUCCCCGUGAAGGGCAUCGUCAUGUAUUUCGUGUUCGCCAUAUGGGCGUUCUUCACGCUCGCGAUACUGGUGCUCAUGGAGGGGCUUUCGGCGUUUCUGCACACGCUCCGGUUGCAUUGGGUGGAGUUUAUGAGUAAGUUCUACGAAGGGCAGGGCUACCCAUUCAUGCCGUUUUCCUUCUCCGCCAUCUUGGAGAACGAAGACGACGAGAUGGGCCAGGCGUCCAGCGCGCCGCCGGAGUCUCCCGUCAGCCAUUAG